CUACUGGUAGAAUAAAACCUCACGUCACUCUCUAUGGAAGCUGUUUGUAUACCACGCGCUUUCCCCUCACGCGCUUCCGCACCCCAAACCAAGAUUCCCCCCUUCCCGGCUUUGCAGUUCGGCAGCCGGCGGAUACCGAAGCCCGUGAAAUGCGGCGGAAGGGGCGGUCCGGCACCGGAGUGGGAAAGGAAACUGGUGGAGGAAGUGGCGGGGAUGGGAAUAGUGAGAGAGAAGUGCAAGGAGGUGAAGGUUGGGGUGGCUGAGCUGUUGGAAUGUCUGGAGAGAGAGGCGAUAAUGGGCGACGAUGAAGGAAGAGAGCCGUCGGAUUACAAUCGGAGGGCCCAGAUUUUCGACAAGAGCUCUGUAAUCUUCCAGGCUCUCAAGAAUGGGACGAUUCUUGAUGAGGAUGACGAUUCUUGUAUGCCGUCCAGAACAGAGUAGAACAAGUGAUUGUGUUGCUUUAACUCCUAUCCUUAACUGUUAGUGGUUUAAUGCUUCAAAUGCAUAUACAUA